GGGGGAGGAAGAGGAGGAGGAGGAAGGGGGGCGGCCGCCAUGUUGGGCCGGGCCGCGGAGGAGGAGGAGGAGGAGGAGGAAGGGCGGGGUCGGUGGGUGUCUCUCGCUCGCUCGCUCUUUCUCGCUUGCUUUCUCUUCUGGCCUCAUGCGUUUCCCCCCCCUCGCGGCGUUCGCCCGCUCUCCCUCGCUCUCGCUCUGUCUUUUUUGGGCGCCAUGCUGAGGGGAAGGGAAGAUGGUGAGUUGGAAGAAGGUGAACUGGAGGAUGACGGGGUAGAGGAGACUCAGGAUACCUCCGGAGGGCCUGAGAGGAGCCGAAAAGAAAAGGGGGAGAAGCACCACAGUGAUUCAGACGAGGAGAAGUCUCACAGGAGACUGAAGCGAAAGCGGAAGAAAGAGAGGGAGAAAGAGAAGAGGAGAUCAAAGAAGAGGAGAAAAUCUAAGCACAAGCGCCAUGCAUCUUCCAGUGAUGACUUCUCUGACUUCUCCGAUGACUCGGAUUUCAGCCCUAGUGAGAAGGGGCACCGCAAGUACAGAGAGUACAGCCCUCCAUACACGCUGUCCCACCAACAGUACCCCCCAUCGCACAGCACAUCCCUGCCCAAGAAGUCCUACUCCAAGAUGGACAGCAAAGGCUAUGGCAUGUAUGAAGACUAUGAGAAUGACCAGUACGGGGAGUAUGAAGGCGACGAGGAAGAGGAAAUGGGCAAAGAGGACUACGAUGACUUCACCAAAGAGCUGAACCAGUAUCGGCGUGCCAAGGAGGGCAGCAGCCGGGGCCGAGGCGCUCACUUUCUGAAUCACCGUGCAGGCAGCCGAGGCCGUGGCAGGGGCUACCGGGGCCGAGGAAGCCGUGGAGGGUCUCGAGGCCGAGGCAUGGGCCGGGGCAGCCGAGGCAGGGGCAGAGGCUCCAUGGGAGACCACCCAGAGGACGAAGAUGACUUUUAUGAGGAUGAGAUGGAUUAUGGAGAAAGUGAGGAACCAAUGGGAGAUGAGGAUUAUGACGACUAUUCCAAGGAGCUGAACCAGUACCGCAGGUCCAAGGAUGGCCGAGGACGAGGGUUAAAUCGAGGCCGUGGCCGGGGUUCCCGAGGUCGAGGCAAAGGGAUGGGCCGGGGCCGAGGUCGAGGUGGCAGCCGAGGAGGGAUGAACAAGGGCGGAAUGAACGAUGAUGAAGACUUCUAUGACGAUGACAUGGGCGAUGGCGGAGGCUACCGGAGGAAUGACCAUGACAAGCCCCACCAGCAGUCCGACAAGAAAGGCAAAGUCAUCUGCAAAUACUUCGUGGAGGGGCGGUGCACAUGGGGAGACCACUGUAAUUUUAGCCAUGAUAUCGAGCUACCAAAGAAGCGAGAACUAUGCAAGUUUUACAUCACCGGAUUUUGUGCCAGGGCUGAGAACUGCCCCUACAUGCAUGGUGAUUUUCCGUGUAAGUUAUAUCACACGACUGGAAACUGCAUCAAUGGUGAUGACUGCAUGUUCUCCCACGACCCUCUGACCGAGGAGACUAGAGAGCUCUUGGAUAAGAUGCUGGCUGAUGAUGCAGAAGCAGGUGCCGAGGACGAGAAGGAAGUCGAGGAACUGAAGAAGCAGGGCAUCAACCCCCUGCCCAAACCACCCCCUGGUGUGGGCCUCCUGCCCACCCCUCCUCGGCCCCCUGGCCCCCCUGCCCCAACCUCUCCAAAUGGCAGGCCCAUGCAGGGUGGUCCCCCACCCCCACCUCCACCCCCUCCUCCGCCCCCUGGGCCCCCACAGAUGCCCAUGCCAGUGCAUGAGCCGCUGUCCCCACAGCAGCUGCAGCAGCAGCAGGACAUGUACAACAAGAAGAUCCCCUCCUUGUUUGAGAUCGUGGUGCGGCCCACGGGACAGCUGGCUGAGAAACUGGGUGUGAGGUUCCCUGGACCUGGAGGACCCCCAGGGCCAAUGGGCCCUGGGCCCAAUAUGGGACCCCCGGGCCCAAUGGGUGGUCCGAUGCAUCCUGACAUGCACCCAGACAUGCACCCGGACAUGCACCCCGACAUGCACCCGGACAUGCACCCGGACAUGCACCCCGACAUGCCGAUGGGCCCUGGCAUGAACCCUGGCCCACCCAUGGGACCUGGUGGCCCCCCAAUGAUGCCCUAUGGCCCUGGAGACUCCCCACAUUCUGGAAUGAUGCCCCCCAUCCCACCAGCCCAGAACUUCUAUGAAAACUUUUACCAGCAGCAGGAAGGCAUGGAGAUGGAGCCGGGGCUCAUGGGGGACACAGAGGACUACGGGCACUACGAAGAGCUGCCAGGGGAGCCUGGGGAGCACCUCUUCCCCGAGCACCCUCUGGAGCCCGACAGCUUCUCUGAGGGAGGGCCCGCAGGCCGGCCGAAGCCGGGCGCCGGUGUCCCCGACUUCCUGCCCUCAGCCCAGAGGGCCCUGUACCUGAGGAUCCAGCAGAAGCAGCAGGAGGAGGAGGAGAGAGCGAGGAGGCUGGCUGAGAGCAGCAAGCAGGACCGGGAGAAUGAGGAAGGUGACACUGGAAACUGGUAUUCAAGCGACGAGGACGAGGGUGGAAGCAGCGUCACCUCCAUCCUUAAGACCCUGAGACAGCAGACAUCUAGCCGACCCCAGGCUUCCAUUGGGGAGCUGAGCAGCAGUGGGCUGGGGGAUCCCCGCCUCCAAAAGGGAAACUCCACAGGAGGCCGGUUGGCUGACCCCCGCCUCAGCCGGGACCCCAGACUCACCCGCCACGCUGAGACUUCCAGUGGGUCAGGCCCAGGCGACACGGGGCCCUCUGACCCUCGGCUGGCUCGCUCCCUGCCUGUACCCAAGCCCGAAGGUGGCCUUCAUUCCAGCCCGGCAGGCCCCAGCAGCUCCAAGGGGUCCGGGCCACCCCCUGCAGAAGAGGAGGAAGGGGAGCGGGCCCUGCGGGAGAAGGCUGUGAACAUUCCCCUGGACCCCCUCCCAGGGCACCCGCUGCGGGACCCGCGAUCACAGCUGCAGCAGUUCAGCCACAUCAAGAAGGAUGUGACCCUGAGCAAGCCGAGCUUCGCCCGCACUGUGCUCUGGAACCCCGAGGACCUGAUCCCCCUGCCCAUCCCCAAGCAGGACGUGCCCCCUGUCCCUGCUGCCCUGCAGUCCUUGCCUGCCCUGGACCCCAGGCUGCAUCGGGGCACCACUGCGGGCCCCCCAAACCCUCGACAGCGCCCAGGCAGCUCCACGGACCCUGGCUCGUCUAGCUCCAGCCUGCCCGACUUCGAGCUCCUCUCGCGCAUUCUGAAGACUGUCAAUGCCACUGGCCCUUCCACUGCCCCCAGCCCCAGCGACAAGCCCAGUGACCCCCGGGUGCGGAAGGCCCCCACUGACCCUCGGCUGCAGAAACCAACAGACUCUGCUGCUGCUUCCCGCACUGCCAAGCCUGGCUCUGCCGAAACGCCUCCAGCUGGCAGCCCCAGUGGGGAGUCCUCUCCCCCCGCCACCGCCCCCUAUGACCCUAGAGUGCUGGCAGCUGGUGGGCUGGGCCAGGGCAGUGGGAGUGGGCAGAGCAGUGUGCUGAGUGGCAUCAGCCUCUAUGACCCCAGGACUCCCAACUCCGGUGGUAAAGCCACAGAGCCUGCUGCUGAUGUGGCUGCCCAGCCAAAGGUCCCCGAGGGCAACGGCAAGAGCUCGGCUGCCAAGGCCAAGGAGCCCCCGUUCGUCCGCAAGUCUGCCCUGGAACAGCCUGAAUCGGGGAAGUCGGGUGCGGAUGGGGGCUCAGCCACAGCCACGGACAGAUACAACAGUUACAACCGGCCCCGGCCCAAGGCUGCUGCAGCCCCGGCCACCACCACAGGCACCCCGCCACCAGAGGGCGCUCCACCUCAGCCCGGCGUGCACAACCUGCCCGUGCCCACCCUCUUUGGGACCGUGAAACAGGCGCCUAAGACGGGCUCCGGUAGCCCGUUUGCUGGCAACAGCCCAGCCCGUGAGGGCGAGCAGGACGCAGGGUCCCUGAAAGAUGUUUUUAAAGGCUUUGACCCCACUGCCUCCCCCUUUUGCCAGUAGUGUUAAGCUGGAGUGGAGUUCCCCCUGCACCUCGCCCUUCCUAGGGUGGUAUUUAAGGGCAGCAUCCAGAGUUGGGAACUUGUAGGGAGGGGGACUGGGUGUUCUUUCUUUACUUUUUCCCUCUCUCUUUUUUUUUUCUUUUGCUCGCUCUCUCCCAACUUUUUUUUAGUAGUACUUUCUUUUUAAAACAUAUAAAUUGUAUAUAACCAUCUUCAGUUCUGGUCAGUGUUGCAGGGCUCCCAGGCUUCUGCCAAGAAAACCUACUUGUGCACGUGAACAGUUUGCAAGUCACCAGCUGGCACUCUGCCUGGCUGGCCUGAUUUUCAGGGACUCCUUUAAGACUGGGGGUCCGGUGGUUUUCUGGGCACAGCUUGGCCCCUCCUCCUACCCACCCCCCGCCACCACCCACCUCCCGUAGGACAAAGGGACACAGUCGGUGUUGAGAAGGCACUGAACCCGUGUUGCACGAGGAGGCGAGAUGGAGCCAAGACCGGGACAGGACCCGAUCCGGGGCCAGUGGGAGUGAAAAGGCAUCGCAGAAAGAGGAAAAGAGCCCCGGGGGCCGCCUAGACUGGAAGAAACAGCCCUUUCCUGCCGCCACUCCAUUUAGAGUCACACGUGGAAUCUGGUUCUCCCAUCACCGUCCGUCCAGAGUUCACCCUUGACCCCACACCUCAGGCCCUCUUCAGAAGACUCCAGGGUGAGAUGGACCUGGGGCGGCGGGGCUGGUGUGGGGCAGGUCCCCCAAGCUGCUUCCAGGAAGCAGCACCACAGAUCGAGUGUUUUCUGUCAGUAUUAGCUCCUCCCCUGUCCUGUGAACGGCCACGCCCUUCUCCCCUCAUGCCAGGGGCUGUCCUGGUCCUCAGAAGCCAGAGCGCCCCGUGUGCUAGCCCUCUGGGGACAGCUCAAGGAUCCGUGGUGUGGCCGCUCCACCAGGCUCCUGAUAGAGGAGUCCUGGCUGGGUCUUGGCAAAGUUUCUGCUCUCCCCUUUCUUUGCCCCUCCUUGCACCGUAUCCGUAGGGCCUGUGGUUUCAGUGUGUUUGGUUUCCUUCUAAGCAACAGGUGUACAAGUUUAGAGGCGUGUCAGGUUGUUGGAUUAGUGGGCGCUUCCAUCAGAAGGGCCUAAGGGGAGAGCUGGAGAGUAGCCAUAGCAGGGGGGUGGGGGCUGCUGGGCCCUCUCCAGGAGAAGGACAGGGACCCCUCCCUGCAGGUGGGGAUGUGGGACCGGAAACUAAGUCCUCCUGUUCCCCUCAGCCCGCUGAGCCGGGGAGGGAGCAGAGGAAUCGGCCCCAGCUUCCCCCAGGACCACGGCUCAGGUCCAACCCUGUCCACAGGGCUCCAGACAAGACCCACCCCAUGGACAUGGCCUGGGGAGACUGGGUGAGGCCUGGGGAGCAGGGGGGUCCCUCCCACCGCAUCAGCCACCUCGCUUAAAGCCUCUGCCUCUCCCUUGCUAAUAAUGAGGAAACCUGGUGACCCAGCCAAAGGGUUCCCCUCGCUGCACCUUGGGGUGGGAGGUGAACAAGGCUGGCACGCCAUACCCCUCUCCCCAGAACAAAACAGUGGGGUUUGGGGCCAGAAGCAAGGGCCAGAGAGGCAGCCCCACAGGGUCAGUGCACCGUGAUCAGGUUGGUUUGGUUUGUCCUUGUGUCUUUUUUUUUUUCUUUUUUUAACAUUUGUGAGGUUGUUCUUCAGCCACCAGUGUUGGCCUGAGCAGAGGGCUGCAGCCCGCGGUGUGUGUACAGUAAGAGUGUGGCUGUAGAUUUCUCUUUCUUCUCUGAGGAUUUUCUUUUGUACAAGCAAAUUAAAUACUUUUUUAAAACAAAUUUGUGGAUGAAAUAGAAGCUGGAGCCCUCCUUGAUAUUCAGCCUAAGAACCUCAUGGGACUAUGAAUUUACCCAAAAUUUUCAUUUGCCAUCAGGCCAAGCUUUUAAAGAAAAAUUGUUCUCUAACCAGGAUUGUAACAAAAGUGUAAAUACUAUUUCAGAAAGUUGAUGGUGCAAAUAUGUAUAUAACGUACUGUAUUUUUACAAUGAUCGUCGCAUGCCUCUAUUCCGCCCCCUUUUUGUCCUUUUUGUACUCUGUAUCUGUCUUCCAGAAGCGUCACCUGCCCUUUCUCCUGUGGUCUCUUAAUCCAAUAAUUGU